AGCUUAUGAUUACAUGUUUGAUAUCCGUUAGAGCAAAAGAGAGAGCGUAAAUGCCACUUGUCUCUUCAUUUCAUUUUCAUAGGUCUCUCUUUGUUCUUCUUUAUCAUUGUCUCAGCAGGCUUCAAUAAUCAUUACCAUCUUCAUUCUUUCCCACUCCAUCAACACAGUUCCCAUCUUUCUUCACUUAUUACCCCCAUUUCCCAAAACCAAACAUGGUUAAACAACAACAGUUAACCUUCAUAUGGUCAUGGAUAGAGCUUUCUCUCAUCACCAUCUCAACCGGAGCUUUUCAUUGAAUUCAACCAAGUCCAAGUCUAACUCCAUCUCAGGAUUAGCUGAUUGGGUCACCAAGUCAUUCGGAAAUCUCCAUUCAAGAACCAAAAGACAUGACUUUAAGGGCAUUCUGGUGAAUAACUCUGCUUAUUCAGAACCCAAGAUGGAGUCUUUAGAUUAUGAUAAUAAUAUAGAAAAGAUUGAUUCAGAGGCUCAAUGUAGUAUUAGUAGUUCAGACGAUUCUUCUUCACCCCCCCAAUCAAAGAAACAAGGGCCAUCACUUUCAGGUAUAGAAGAUGAGAUGAUGAAGGAAAGAUUUGCAAAGCUUCUAUUGGGAGAAGAUAUGUCUGGAAAUGGAAAUGGAGUUUGUACUGCUUUAGCUAUUUCAAAUGCCAUUACUAAUCUUUGUGCCACAUUGUUUGGGCAAAUAUGGAAACUUCAGCCUUUACCCAUUGAAAAGAGAUCAAUGUGGAGAAGAGAACUCGAAUGGCUUCUUUGUGUUAGUGACCAUAUUCUCCAAUUAAUGCCAUCUUUCCAGACUUUCCCUGAUGGAACUAAGCUUGAGAUUAUGAUUUCGAGGCCUCGGUCAGAUCUCUAUGUCAAUCUUCCAGCCUUGCGUAAACUCGACAACAUGCUUCUUGAAAUAUUAGACAGUUUUGAGAAUACAGAAUUCUGGUAUGUUGAUCAAGGAGUUAUAGCUCAAGAUGAUCAAACAACAGAUGGGACUUCAUCUUUUCGAAGAGAUCAUCUUCCUCGGCAAGAAGAGAAAUGGUGGCUACCAGUUCCUCGUGUUCCUCAAGGAGGUCUAACCGAGAGCUCGAGAAAGCAUUUGCAGCAUAAACGCGACUGCACGAAUCAAAUUCUUAAAGCUGCAAUGGCCAUCAACAAUGUUACUUUAGCUGAUAUGGAUGUCCCUGAAUCUUACUUAGACAGUCUUCCAAAGAAUGGAAAGGCCUGUUUGGGUGAUCUUAUCUAUAAAUACAUUUCGUCCGAGCAAUUUUCACCAGAAUGUCUUUUAGACUGCCUUGAUUUAACCUCGGAACUUCAAGCCUUAGAUAUAGCCAAUCGGGUUGAAGCCUCGGUUUAUAUAUGGAGAAGGAGAAUUGGUUCAAACUCGAAAACCUCAAAGUGGGAAAUGAUGAAGGAACUCAUGCUCGAUAUUGAAAGACGAGAAUUACUCGCAGAUAGAGCGAAAACUGUGUUACUUUGCCUUAAGCAAAGGUUUCCCGGGCUUCACCAAACAACAUUGGACAUGUCAAAAAUCCAAUACAACAAGGACGUUGGAAAAUCGAUAUUGGAGAGUUACUCGAGAGUUCUCGAAAGCUUGGCAUUCAAUAUCUCAGCUAGAAUUGACGAUUUACUUUAUGUUGACGACAUGGUGAAGCACUCGGAUAUUCAAUCGACGAUGAUGUCAUCGAGAGUUGGAAUCCCGUAUACAGUUUCAAAGAUGAACGUUUCAAAAAAGACAACAGUUAACUUAUCGCCAAUUGCUAAACCGUUUAAAAGUCCUGAAAAUGGGAUCGGAGUGAAAAAGGUUCUGACAGAUUAUUUAGCGGAGGAAGCGAGCGUAACGCGACAAGGAUCGACGAGCACGGAGGGUUCAUAUUCGGCUAGCUCGAAAGAUUCAAUGUGGGAGGAAGAAUGAAAGUUUGUUUAUUUCUUUUGUAGAAUGUGUGAUGUAGAUUAAAUCUAUCUUAAUGAUGUUUUGUGCUUUCUAUAAGAUAAUGAAUAAUGAAUAGAUAAUAUUGUCUUCUUGUCCCUUUUAAAUUUCAUGCUUUGUGUUAUCAUUAACAUCACAUUUUGGUACUAAAGCUAAUUAGUACACUUUGUACAAUAAAGCAAUAUCAUUGAUAUUAUUGUAUUGAUUAUUUUACUUAUUUUUAAAUGU